GGAAUUCUUACCUGGCUGCUAUAUAAAUGAGUUCCUUCCGAUUUGUAAGGACAGUAUACAGAAGAUAUUUUUAUAUGACAAAUCGAAUUGACUUGAUCAUAUGGUAAAAUCAUGAAAGGUGUAUUUCUUAUUACUUUGCUCUUCGCCUACACCUUGGGAGCAUCUCAUUGGGAAUCAGACUUAUCAUGGCCUAAAGAUUUAAAAAAUGAAGAGAAUCAAAAUUACAAAGAAAUUAGAGAGAAACUUAAUGAUAAAUUUCAGAAGAAGUUGAAAGAUUUAAUGAAUCCUUUUUCUAAAAAUGAUACGGAUUCAAAGGACGAUCAAGUUCCUAAUAAGGAAUAUUCAGUAUUGGAUCAUCUGCCGGAUGAAACAUUGAAUCGAUUAAAACAUAUAAAGAAUGUUUACAAGUAUGAGAAACAACAAUCUAAAGAGAACGAUGAUGAUUCUUCGAAUUCAUCAGAUUCUUCGGAUUCAUCAGAUUCUUCGGAAUCAUCAGAUUCUUCGGAUUCAUCAGAUUCUUCGGAUUCAUCAGAUUCUACGGAAUCAUUAGAUUCUUCUUUGAACUCCUCCCAAUUGAAAUCGAAGGAAAAAGAUAAAAACAAAUCUAAGGAAGAUAAACACUGGAAAAAAUCGAACCUCAAUAAGUCUGAUGAAGAUCAAGACAAGAAGGAGGAUAAUAAGAAACAGAAAGAGGACAAGAGCAAGCAUAUUAAAUAUGAUAAUUCUAAAUUCAGUGAUGAAGUGAAAUUAAAUGGAUCAUUGAAUGAAAUAGAAAAUUGGAAUUAUACAAUAUCUAAAAAAUUGUCCGAUGAUGUAUUCAUUGAAUUAAAUUUAAAAAUAUUGAAGCAACUUUUAUCGUCAUUGAAGGAGAAAUUAAGUGAGAAGGAAAUUAGAAAGGAGCAGGAUAAAACAACCUCAUCUAAAAGUGAAGAGAAUGGUAUAAAUUGUGAUAAAAAACUUAAUAAUACGGAUGAUAUAUCAACUGAAAGCAAAUGGAGUGAAAUAAAGUCAAUGAUUAUCAAAACUCUAAUAGAAAAAAAAUUGUGCGAUCGUAAGGGAUUAUUAGGAUGUACAGAUACUCAAAACAUAUUAAUUGUUAAAACAUUAAAAAGACUUCGAGAUCGUUUUGAACAUAAAUAUGGUAAUACUAUACUGAAAGACUUGCCAACAAAUAUAAGAAUUGCAUUAAAUGGUAUUUAUGAUAUAAUAACUACUACAUUCCAUUCUUAUCGUUCAAGUACAUCCUUAAACCAGAAUUCACAUGCUGGAGCAGUUUCAGAAGUCACAGGUAAUAUUGAAGUUUCAAAUUCUUCAUCUAAUGGUUAUCUAAAUGGUCUAGAAAUAACGUCUAUUCGUAAUGAUACCAUCGAAGGUAUCGAAGGAUUACCAUGGUAUUAUCCGCUAGAUCACGGUAAAAUUGAAAACUCAUCGCAUGCUAUAUCAGACAAAUCACACUGGUCAGUAGCAUCAGAUAACUUAGAUAUUCAAGUUGUAUCAGGCAAAAAGGAAUUAGCUAUUUCGUCCGAUAAAACACAUUGGACAGUUGCAUCAAACAAAUCAGAUUUUCCAGAUAUAUCAGGCAAUUCAGACUGGCCAGUAGCAUCAAAUAAACCAAAUUUGCCAAUUACUACAGAAAAACCGGACUGGUCAGUUAUAUCAGAUAAACCACAAUUACCAUUAUCAUCGGAUGAACCACACUUACCUAUUACAUCGGAUAAACCAGAGUGGUCAGUUGGAUCUGAUAAACCAGAUUGGAUAGGAACAUCAGUCAAACCACAUUUGCCAGUUGUAUCAGACCGACCAGACUGGCCAGUUGCUUCACAUAAACCACGAUUGCCAAUAUCAUCAAAUAAACCACAUUUGCCAAUUACUACAGAAAAACCAGACUGGUCAGCUAUAUCAGAUAAACCACAAUUACCAUUAUCAUCGGAUGAACCACACUUACCUAUUACAUCGGAUAAACCAGAGUGGCCAGUUGGAUCUGAUAAACCAGAUUGGAUAGGAACAUCAGUCAAACCAAAUUUGCCAGUUGUAUCAGACCGACCAGACUGGCCAGUUGCUUCACAUAAACCGCGAUUGCCAAUAUCUUCAACUAAACCACAUUUGCCAACUACUACAGAAAAACCAGACUGGUCAGCUAUAUCAGAUAAACCACAAUUACCAUUAUCAUCGGAUGAACCACACUUACCUAUUACAUCGGAUAAACCAGAGUGGCCAGUUGGAUCUGAUAAACCAGAUUGGAUAGGAACAUCAGUCAAACCACAUUUGCCUGUUGUAUCGGAUAGACCAGACUGGCCAGUUGCUUCACAUAAACCGCGAUUGCCAAUAUCUUCAAGUAAACCACAUUUGCCAACUACUACAGAAAAACCAGACUGGUCAGCUAUAUCAGAUAAACCACAAUUACCAUUAUCAUCGGGUAAACCACACUUACCUAUUAUAUCAGAUAAACCAGAGUGGCUAGUUGGAUCUGAUAAACCAGAUUGGAUAGGAACAUCAGUCAAACCACAUUUUCCUGUUGUAUCAGACCGACCAGACUGGCCAGUUGCUUCACAUAAACCGCGAUUGCCAAUAUCAUCAAGUAAACCACAUUUGCCAAUUACAACAGAAAAACCAGACUGGUCAGGUAUAUCAAAUAAACCACAAUUACCAUUAUCAUCGGAUGAACCACACUUACCUAUUACAUCGGAUAAACCAGAGUGGCCAGUUGGAUCUGAUAAACCAGAUUGGAUAGGAACAUCAGUCAAACCAAAUUUGCCAGUUGUAUCAGACCGACCAGACUGGCCAGUUGCUUCACAUAAACCACGAUUGCCAAUAUCAUCAAGUAAACCACAUUUGCCAAUUACUACAGAAAAACCAGACUGGUCAGCUAUAUCAAAUAAACCACAAUUACCAUUAUCAUCGGAUGAACCACACUUACCUAUUACAUCGGAUAAACCAGAGUGGCCAGUUGGAUCUGAUAAACCAGAUUGGAUAGGAACAUCAGUCAAACCACAUUUGCCAGUUGUAUCAGACCGACCAGACUGGCCAGUUGCUUCACAUAAACCGCGAUUGCCAAUAUCAUCAAGUAAACCACACUUACCUAUUACAUCGGAUAAACCAGAGUGGCCAGUUGGAUCUGAUAAACCAGAUUGGAUAGGAACAUCAGUCAAACCACAUUUUCCUGUUGUAUCAGACCGACCAGACUGGACAGUUGCUUCACAUAAACCGCGAUUGCCAAUAUCAUCAAGUAAACCACAUUUGCCAAUUACUACAGAAAAACCAGACUGGUCAGGUAUAUCAAAUAAACCACAAUUACCAUUAUCAUCGGAUGAAUCACACUUACCUAUUACAUCGGAUAAACCAGAGUGGCCAGUUGGAUCUGAUAAACCAGAUUGGAUAGGAACAUCAGUCAAACCACAUUUUCCUGUUGUAUCAGACCGACCAGACUGGCCAGUUGCUUCACAUAAACCGCGAUUGCCAAUAUCAUCAAGUAAACCACAUUUGCCAAUUACUACAGAAAAACCAGACUGGUCAGGUAUAUCAAAUAAACCACAAUUACCAUUAUCAUCGGAUGAAUCACACUUACCUAUUACAUCGGAUAAACCAGAGUGGCCAGUUGGAUCUGAUAAACCAGAUUGGAUAGGAACAUCAGUCAAACCACAUUUUCCUGUUGUAUCAGACCGACCAGACUGGCCAGUUGCUUCACAUAAACCGCGAUUGCCAAUAUCAUCAAGUAAACCACAUUUGCCAAUUACUACAGAAAAACCAGACUGGUCAGGUAUAUCAAAUAAACCACAAUUACCAUUAUCAUCGGAUGAACCACACUUACCUAUUACAUCGGAUAAACCAGAGUGGCCAGUUGGAUCUGAUAAACCAGAUUGGAUAGGAACAUCAGUCAAACCACAUUUGCCAGUUGUAUCAGACCGACCAGACUGGCCAGUUGCUUCACAUAAACCGCGAUUGCCAAUAUCAUCAAGUAAACCACAUUUGCCAAUUACUACAGAAAAACCAGACUGGUCAGGUAUAUCAAAUAAACCACAAUUACCAUUAUCAUCGGAUGAACCACACUUACCUAUUACAUCGGAUAAACCAGAGUGGCCAGUUGGAUCUGAUAAACCAGAUUGGAUAGGAACAUCAGUCAAACCACAUUUGCCAGUUGUAUCAGACCGACCAGACUGGCCAGUUGCUUCACAUAAACCGCGAUUGCCAAUAUCAUCAAGUAAACCACACUUACCUAUUACAUCGGAUAAACCAGAGUGGCCAGUUGGAUCUGAUAAACCAGAUUGGAUAGGAACAUCAGUCAAACCACAUUUUCCUGUUGUAUCAGACCGACCAGACUGGCCAGUUGCUUCACAUAAACCGCGAUUGCCAAUAUCAUCAAGUAAACCACAUUUGCCAAUUACUACAGAAAAACCAGACUGGUCAGGUAUAUCAAAUAAACCACAAUUACCAUUAUCAUCGGAUGAACCACACUUACCUAUUACAUCGGAUAAACCAGAGUGGCCAGUUGGAUCUGAUAAACCAGAUUGGAUAGGAACAUCAGUCAAACCACAUUUGCCAGUUGUAUCAGACCGACCAGACUGGCCAGUUGUUUCACAUAAACCGCGAUUACCAAUAUCAUCUAAUAAACCACAUUUGCCAACUACUACAGAAAAACCAGACUGGUCAGCUAUAUCAGAUAAACCACAAUUACCAUUAUCAUCGGAUGAACCACACUUACCUAUUACAUCGGAUAAACCAGAGUGGCCAGUUGGAUCUGAUAAACCAGAUUGGAUAGGAACAUCAGUCAAACCACAUUUGCCAGUUGUAUCAGACCGACCAGACUGGACAGUUGUUUCACAUAAACCGCUAUUGUCAACAUCAUCAAGUAAACCACAUUUGCCAAUUAUUACAGAAAAACCAGACUGGUCAGGUAUAUCAGAUAAACCACAAUUACCACUAUCAUCGAAUAAACCACACUUACCUUUUAUAUCAGAUAUACCAGAGUGGCUAGUUGGAUCUUAUAAACCAGAUUGGGUAGCAACAUCAAUCAAACCAAAUUUGAAUUCUGAUUCAAGUUCACGUAUUACUAUACAGGAUGAAGAGAAUAUCUCUAAUGAUAAUUUAAGUUUAAAUAACAAUACGAAUAUUGUUAUACCAUCCCAAUCUUCUCUAUUGAAUGACGAAAUUGGUUCUUUAACUGUUAUCCCAUGUUCCAGUGGUUAUAUAUCGACUUCUAGUGCAAUUACAGAUAAUACAACAAAAUGGGAUUUACAAUCAAACUCAGCACUAACGGAAGUAUCUAACAGCAAUACUGUAGUACCUGUUACUACUCAAGGAAUUUAUCCACGGUGGAAGGAUUUAAUUCCCAUUUCUACAACCGAUGAGAAAUCUUUUGUAAACUCAAGUGAAUCUGAGUUUUCUCCAACUGUUGAUUCACGAUAUACGAAUAUUAGUUUUAAUAUAAAUUCUAGCAAUGGGAAUGAGAAUUCAGGAGUUGACAGAAAUAUAAGUAAAACAGUGAAAAAAGAACUUACGACGUCUAAACAAUCAUCUGAUUCUCAAUCUAUCAUUUUACAGUCGAACAACAAUUCUAAAUCUAAUAAUAGUGAUAGUUCUAUAUUUUCAUUACCAUCAUCCAAUUUAUCAGACACAAUAAAAAAUCAAAAUGUUAAUCUUACUUCUGGAAGUAGUAUUGAAAAUUAUGCAAUAAAAGUUGACGGCCAAUCUCAAAAUGGAUCUACGAUAUCUAAUAACAUAGUAAACGUUACUCAGAAGUCUACUGUUUCUAAAUGGAAUUCUAAUAGUACCAAUGAAUGGCAUGAAGCUGAGCAUAGAUCUGAUCUCGAAGCAAUCGAUACUGCCUCUGCAGUUGUUCUGCAAGAUGCUAAUCCAGAGAUAACAACGGUAUGUAUUAACACAAAUACUGCUUUUGAUAUGAACAAUAACGAGAAUAUUAUCACUACUCGAGUGGUGUUACCUAUUACAAAACAGAAAACUCUCAAAACGCUCUUCGAUGAAGAAGAACAAGCUGGUGAUCCGAUAAUUUUAAAUGGAGAAGAUAAUUUUGAUGGCGUUAUUGAAAAACGUACUCUUAAUACUGGAGUUGGAGCCGAAAGUACAAGUACAGAUGAAGGUACAGUAGAUGAAAAUAAGUUUCCAAAUAAUAUAUCCGACAUAGAAGCUGCAAUAAAUCAAUCUUCACCUACCACAAUUAUUAAAUAUACAAACAACGGGGCAAUGACUAAAACAAUUGAUAUAAACGAUACCAAUCAAUUAAUGGAGCUCCUUCAAAAUAUUUACAAUCAUUUGCAAGGAUCUUAGAAAUAUAAAUUUCUAACGAUUUAUUAGAUGAUCGUCGUUAUGUCACGAGGAUCGACAUUGUUUAUAAGCCAUGUUUCAAUAAUAUAAAUUUUACAAGCGUUAUCGAUAUAUAAAAACAAUAUAAUCUUAGCGUAUAUUUCAUAUGCAAUAUUACUGUACAUUUCAUAUAUAGUUAUGUAU